CAAACAAAUUGAAAGAGAAAAGGCUGCAAGUACAAAAAAGCGAAUGUUAUUAAGUGAAAAUGAACAUUUACAAUCUACUCUAAGGAUCAGAAUAAGUCGAAAGGAAGUACUACAAGACAAUAAAAAAGAAAUUGGGAAACUACAGGAAAGUAUAUCAUCUAUUAGUGUACAGAUGCUUAAAAUGCGACCUUCUGACAAUAAAGAAGUGAAGUCCACACAGACAGUGCUAUCAUUCAGUGGAUCUAUCUGUGUAGCUCAAGAUGAUUAUAGUGAAACAACUAUUUCAUUCAAAAAGGGUGAACUACUUCAGUUAAGUACAAAUGGACAUGAGGUACAAUCACUGGAGACUGGACAGAAGAGUGCUGUUCCAAUGAAAUACAUUGGAUACUCAAGAGUAGAAUUACUUUACUUGUUUCAGUUUGUGAUGACGACAGGGACAGGAUUGUCACUCCUACCUGGUCACUUUCAACUUGAUGAUGAAGAAAAAGCAGAGUAUUUUAUACUAAAAAUUACUAAAGAUCGUACUCUACUACAAUCAUUGAGGGAAUCAAUCACAAAAUAUAAAUUAUUCAAGGCUAGUUAUAACUUUGAAGCACAAACCUCAGAUAACUUAACUUUAAAGAAAGGAGAAGUAGUUAAAGUUGUUAAAUAUCAUGAAGAUGAUGAAAGAUGGUGGUAUAUGCAUUCACUUCAUACAGAUGAAGAAGGAUAUGUCCCAAUAAAUUAUAUAACACCAAUUGAAGGAAAAUGCUCACUAAUGUCCUACAAGUACAUCUACUAUCAUACAGUGAGUCGUGAUGAAGCAGAGGAGAGACUGAGUCAAGCAAACACUCAAUCAGGUACUUUCCUAAUUAGAGAGAGCAUAUCUGGAAUGAAUACUCUCUCGGUUAAAGAUGAAGUCACUAUCAGGCACUACCAUAUAUACAUUGAGAAUAAUAAGUAUUACAUGAACCCUCGAGUCAAGUUUGUCUCACUCAAUGACCUGGUACAUCACUACAUGAUGAAAGCUGAUGGUCUGACCUGCUCACUAACAGUUCCUAUACCCAAACAAGUAAACAUACCCAUUGCAAUGAAUAAAGAGUUAGAAAUUAAUGAGCUGGAUAUCGAGUUUGAACAAUGCAUAAAUGCUGGACAGUUUGGAGAGACAUGGAAGGGUAAUUGUAAAGGUAAAGGGCCAGUUAUUAUUAAGACAAACAUAGCAACAAAUAUCACACAAGAAACAUUCAUUAAAGAGGCAUACGUAUUGCUAAAACUUUAUCAUAAGAACAUCAUCAGUCUAUAUGGUGUUUGUACUGAAGACUAUCCUUUUUAUAUUGUAACAGAGCCAAUGAAUGAAAAUCUCAAAGAUUACCUAACUACAAAUAAUCCUACACCAGCAGAGUUGGUAGAUAUUGCUAUUCAAGUUACUGAUGGUAUGAUUUAUCUAGGAGAACAAGAUUACAUUCAUUGUGAUCUAAGAGCUAUCAAUAUACUAUUAGGAGACCGUAACACUGUCAAGAUAGCAAACUUUCAUCUUGCCCAACACCUCAACAGCAAUAAAUACUGGAUUGUUAAGGAAGGUACUACGCUAGCUUUUAAAUGGACAGCACCUGAAUGCCAUACCUCAAAACAACUAAGUAUUAAAUCUGAUGUUUGGUCAUUUGGUAUAUUACUAUGGGAACUGGCUACCAAAGGAAAAAUACCAUAUCCUGGUAUGACUAAUGCACAAGUACAGGAAUCAGUAUCAAGAGGUUAUCAUAUGCCCAUACCCCAAGAUUGUACUGAACCAUUUAAACAACUUAUGAUAAACUGCUGGAAACGUAGUGAAGACAAGAGGCCAAGCUUUAAGAAAAUUUUAGUUUACUUGUCACAUACUCAUGAUACUGAAUAAUACAUAUUUUACAUGAAUUUCUUACAAUUUGGGGUUGUAGCCCCAGGUCGUUCCUAUUUUAUCCACAUUAAAACAAUUUAUGCUUAUACACAA